AACUGUUGGACGGACGACGUUAACCACGUUUCAAUCUACCUCCACGUGUCAGUUUUCACGUCAAAGAAUACCGGUUUCAACCGGUGUGAUGAGAUCCAAGGUCACACCGGUUUAGAGAAAAGAGGAGAGGAGACGCGUCCCAAGUUUUAAAAAUGGUUCGAAGAUAAGAGAGAGAGAGAGAGAGACGCCGUGUGGAGAGAAACGAUUUUGUCUUUUUCUUCCGCAGAGCCACCAGCGAUUCUCCGGCGAAGCGAUUGAAAAAAAAAAAAAUCGAACCUUUCGCAACUUUCUAGGGUUUUCUCCAUUCGUCGUCUUCUUCACCAAUUCGGAUGAAACCCUAGAUCAUCCAGAGUGUGAGAGGGAUCUGAACUUUGCGUUUUUAAGAUGAUUCUGGAUGAGGUGACGAGCAAUGGUGAUGGUAUAGAGAGUAAUCAGCCUAAUGGUACUCUGAAUCGUUGCGGUGUAAGAGGGGGUGGUAUGGCUAAUGCAAGUUGUAGAGAUAACAACAAGCGGAGAAGGCUUGAGAGCUCGGUUUCUGGGGUGGAUGAGGUGAUUUCUACGGAUGGUCUCUCAGGAAGAAGCCGGGAGUCUGUCGCUUGUGAAUUAAAUGAUCGAAGUCUCAGCGGAGGAGCUCUUCUUAAUGGUGGACUCCCUGAUCUUUCAAAUCCAGAUGAACCAGCCACCGAACCACCCAAGUAUGAGACCGUGACAGCCGGUUGCCAGAAUGUUCUGGCUCAAGUUUUAGCUUCGAAGGAGUUUGCUUCCCUCAGUAAGUUGCUUUCCGAGAACCUUCAAGGGGUCAAGGUUGAAGACCUUUCGUGCAGAACUCUGAUUGACACCAGGAUGCAAGAGGGUGCUUAUGAAGGUUCACCUGUCCUCUUCUCAACCGAUCUCCAAGAGGUAUGGAAAAAAAUACAGGAUGUUGGUAAAGAUAUGGCUGUUCUUGCUGGUAGUCUCUUAGAGCUUUCUAAGACCUCCUGUACCGAACAGUUGAAGCAGUUCAACACUUUGGAAUCUAAGCCUCACUUGAAUGUAGAUAUCACCAGAAACGACAGUGUUGAUGACGUUUGCAAGCUAUGUGGAGAGAAGGCAGUGGUAAGCGAAUGUUUAGCAUGUGACCACUGUGAAGAUAUGUACCAUGUCUCAUGCGCGCGUCCCGGUGAGAAAGAGAUGUCUUCAGACAGUUGGUAUUGCCUAAACUGCACAUCUGAUGGAUUAGGAUGGCCUCACGAGAACUGCGUAGUGUGCGAGAAAAAGAAAAACAAAAAGCUGAUGAUAAAGACAGAUAACGGAUGUGUUGAUGGAACGAGUACAGAAGAGAAUGCAAGAAGCUGCAACAUGAAUCAAGGAGGUGAGGAGAAGAUAGAUUCUGAAGAACUCUGUAGGACCUGUGGAACAAAAGUGGAGAAAGGCGGCGGCGAUGACAGGUUCAUCACAUGUGAUCACCCUUUCUGCCCACACAAGUAUUACCACAUCUGGUGUCUGACUUCAAAGCAGAUAAAGAUACACAAUGUUCGUUGGUACUGCUCCUCGUGCCUAUGCAGAAACUGCUUAACCGACAAGGAUGAUGAUAAGAUUGUCUUGUGCGACGGGUGUGAUGAUGCUUACCACAUUUAUUGCAUGAAACCUCCAUGUGCAUCGGUUCCGGAAGGAGAAUGGUUUUGCACUACUUGCAAAGUUGCUAUCCAGAAAGUGCGCAAAAUUCGAAAUGUGGUUGAUAAGAAGGUGGGGGCUUUGCAGAAGCAAAAAGGGAAGAUGAGCGAGAGCAAAACGGGAAGUAAAGGCAAUGGAGGGUUGGAUAAUAGCGUAGGAGGAAUGGAUAUGCUACUAAACGCAGCUGACACAUUGAAAGAUCAAGAACAGAUGACUUCAUAAUCCAUUAAACGAAGGAUUGGUUCAGAAAAAAAAACAGGCAGACUCUAUACAUUUCUUGUCUCUAAAAAACAAUUUUUCUUUUGUUCAUCUUCCCUAACGUUUCAAAGCAAGACGGGGGUUUCUAAAGACCACAUUUUAGGAUUAAUUUCUUUAGUCAAAUGUCUAUUGUGAUGGUGAUUUUGCAGUCUGUAGUGUACUAGUUCUUGACCGAAGAUAUUUUGCUAGUUUUAUAAA